UCCACUCGCAGGUUUUUUGACAGCGACAAAGAGAGCCCCGAGGAGUUCGGCCGCCGGCGAUGGAUGCGCCCCAAGGAUUCGCCUCCCGCCUUGGACACCUUCUCGCCUUCAUUCCUUUCUUCCUUCUCCUCCUCCUCCUCGCCAUUGUCAAAGCGGCGCUUAUAGCACCAAUCGUGUUUGUCACCGUCUUCGUUGGGAUAACCGCCCUGAUCGUGGGACUCUACCCAUGCCAUGCCUUCUGGACUUGUUACUGUGUCGCUAGGACAAAGAAGUUUGGUUCACUGCUGAAGGUUCUGUUACUAAUGCUAAUGCCAGUUCUCCUCCUGCUAUGGCCAUUUGCUGCAACGAUUGGUGCUUUCUUAACAGGUCUAGGAUUUGGAAUUGCUUUGCCACUGAUGGCAACAUUUGAGGUCAUUAGGGAAGGGGUCCAGAAUAAGUUCACUAGUUGCUUUAAGGCUGGCACUUGGAGUUCGAUUAAAAGAGGGUUUACCAUUGUCCGAGACUUUAAGGAUAUUUGCUUUCAUACUUAUUUCUCUAUUAUGGAUGGAUUACUCGAGGCAAGUGGCGAGACAAUAAUGGACAUGAGGAUAUCACAGGUGCCUGGAUGCUUGCUGGCAGGACUCUUGGGUGCCUUCAUAGAUGUGCCCAUGAUUAGCCUUAUAGUACUUUACAAAGCACCUGUUAUGCUGCUUAAAGGAUGGGGCCAAUUGAUCCAAGAUCUUCUGGGGCGGUCUGGUCCAUUUUUGGAAAGUGUUUGUGUUCCGUUUGCCGGGCUUCUGAUUUUACUGUGGCCUCUAGCAGUUUUGCUGGCUUCUGCUGCUGGAAUUUUUUCAAGCUUAUUCCUUGGAUGUUAUGCUUCUGCUGUUGUAUAUCAGGAAAACUCUACAAAGAGCGGAAUUCUUUAUGUCAUAGCUGUGAUAUCUAUAUUUGAUGAGUUCACCAAUGAUUUCCUUUACAUGCGUGAAGGUUCAUGCUUUCCAAGACCAAAAUAUCGUCAAAAGCCUUCUGUUUCACGCUCCCUAUCACUUCCGCUGAAGAGGGCUCCUAGUUCUGCUGAGCCUAUUCAUCUAAAACAUCGAUUAAUUAAGACACCCUCAAUGAAGAUGCAGGAGCUAAAGUCAGUUGUGAUAUGGGAGAACUUUUUCAAGUCAUGUGAGAGUGUAGGAACCGAGCUUGUUCAGGCUGAUGCUAUUCAUAUGCCAGAUCUGGAGGAAUGGCAAAAUUCGAAGAACAAGAUAGUUAACAUUGGGUUACCUUCCUGUGUAAUUCUGCAAUGUUGCAUUCGUUCCAUAAAUUGUGGUUCCGUCGGCUUUAUCAUGCGUAUGAGGCCUCCCUGGGAUAAUCUUGAACUCACAUAUGUUAAUAGGCCUGAGGGGAAGAUUUUUGACUGGCUUUUUGAGCCUAUGCUUGUUCUUAAAGAACAAAUUAGUGCAGCAAAGUUGAUGCCAGAAGAAGAGGAAUAUCUACAGAAGCUGGCUCUUUAUUGUGGCGACUCUCGAAGGGUUAGUGCUUGGCAAAACGGUGGAGUCGCACCAGCUGAUGAAGUCAAAAGAGCUCAGCUGGAGGGGUUGAUAAGAAGGCUGCAGGGUUUCAGUUUGACCAUCUCGAGGAUGCCAACCUUCCGGCGGCGGUUCGAGGAAGUUGUCGACAAAUUGAAGCGAGAAGCCAGUCAAGGCUCCCAUGGAAAUGGCAACAGCAUUGAAGGCAAAGUAAAUGGUUCUCAUUAUUCAACCAGCGUUUGAAGUAAUUAAUAUCCUCAUUUGAUUAGUGGGUGCAUCGGUAAGGGCCGUAGAGGGGGUCAAAUCUUGGCGAGAGAUUUCAUCAUCCAUGUACUCACCCGUCGUUUGGGUUCGUAUUUGACCUCCCUCCCUGUCUGAUGUGACAGUUUUGCAUUUUUUAAUAUCCUCAUUUGAUAUGAUUUUACCCAAUAAAUUUAUAGUCACUUUGUCUUUUUUGUUUCAUUAAA